AAACAAUUGCGCUUGGUGUGGUUUCAUUUGGCGUUAUUGUUCUCUUUUUGGUUAGGGUUUUAUUUGUCUCCCCAGAAAGAAAAUUAGGGUUUGUGUGUGAGGUAGGAAUGGGCAGGUAUCGAAGCCGGAGCAGAAGCUAUAGUCCUCGGCGACGAAGCAGAAGCCCGCUGCCACCGCCGUCGCGUGGUCGUAAGCGCUACGUCGACGAUCGCUACGGUGAUAGCAGGUCAUACAGGGACCGCCGCUCACCUCUUCCUUCCGGUUUACUCGUUCGCAAUCUUCCCCUCGAUGCCAGGCCUGAGGAUCUUAGGAUCCCUUUUGAGCGCUAUGGUCCUGUGAAGGAUGUUUAUCUACCCAAAAAUUAUUACACUGGUGAACCACGGGGCUUUGGAUUUGUGAAAUAUCGAUAUGGUGAAGAUGCAGCUGAGGCAAAACAACAUCUUAAUCAUACUAUCAUUGGUGGACGCGAAAUAAGAAUUGUUUUUGCUGAGGAAAACAGGAAAACUCCUCAAGAAAUGCGUCUUAGUUCUCGAGGAAGUUCCCGAUAUGGGGGUGGUAGAAGGAGAAAUCGAUCUAGGUCCCCACAACGCCGAUACCGCUCCUAUUCUCGGUCUCCAUCACCUGCUAGGGAUGAUUCAAGGGAUGACAGAGGUAGGGAUGAUUAUUAUUCUCCGGAGCGAUCAAGAUCUUAUUCUAGGUCUCUCUCCCCUAGUGGUGGGAAGGACUACAGGAAGUCCCCUCGGGAGAACGGUCGGAGUCCUGAUGAAAAGAAGGGUCAGACGCCUAGCAGAUCCCAGAGCCCUAGGGGUAAUGAUCGCAGUCCUUCAAGGUCUCGUUCACGGUCAUACAGUCCACGCUGAUUUGCCAUCAAUCGGAUUGUUGAAGGUGGUCUAUUCCGUCUUCCUGUGACGACAUACUGCUAAAACUGUGGCAUUUUGAUGCAAUUGUAGCUAAGACUUAUGUUAAUAUUUAGUAGUCUGUAGGUGAUAACCCAUCAGAAAUUAGCUUUUGAUUUGGUUUGUCAUUAUGAAUGACUCGGAUUAGACUGUCUUUAGUUUCAAUAUUUUCGGAUACUUGUUCAUGAACCUUUUCUUUAUUUAUAAUAUGUUUGCUUCAUUUUUUUAUAA